UUGCAGUUAUAAAGGAGAAUACAAGAAAGGUUCCUCUAUAUUGUAUGUAGCUGGUAGAAGAUCAAGUCACACAUCAGUCCAACUCACUCACAAAGACAAAGAAAUCAAGUCUCAGCAUCCAGGGAGACUGUGCAUACUUGACAAGUGAGGAUGACUUCCACAGCAGAUCGACUCGCCCAUGAGAAACGGAAGGAGAAAGGCUUCGGAACCAACAAGCAGGCGGUGAAGUUCUCCCGGCAGGACUAUGGGACUCUGCGCCAACAGUGUCUGGAUAGUGGACGUCUGUUUGAAGACCCCAGCUUUCCAACCGAGUACAAGUCACUGGGUUACAAUGAGCUGGGACCAUACUCAUCCAAGACCAGGGGUGUAGUCUGGAAGAGGCCAACGGAGCUGUGUUCUAAACCAAAGUUCAUUGAUGAUGGAGCGACAAGGACUGACAUCUGUCAAGGUGCUCUGGGCGACUGCUGGCUUCUGGCUGCCAUUGCCUCACUUACUCUGGACCAACGGAUCCUGGCCCGUGUGGUGCCCACGGGGCAGAGUUUUGAAGAAGGUUAUGCUGGAAUAUUUCAUUUCCAGUUCUGGCAGUUUGGUGAGUGGGUAGACGUGGUUAUUGAUGACCGUUUACCCACCAGAGAUGGAAAGCUGCUGUUUGUUCAUUCUGCUGAGGGCAAUGAAUUCUGGAGUGCGCUGCUGGAAAAGGCUUAUGCUAAGGUGUGUGGUUGCUAUGAGGCUCUGACAGGAGGAAACACCAUUGAGGGCUUUGAGGAUUUCACAGGAGGAAUUGCAGAAAUCUACUGUUUAGACAAGGCUCCACCACAGCUUUUCCAGAUCAUAAAGAAGGCCUUGAACCUGGGCUCUCUGCUGGGCUGCUCUAUUGAUAUCAACAGCAGCUAUGAGUCAGAAGCAGUUACAUCACUGAAACUUGUAAAAGGACAUGCAUACUCAGUCACUGGUGCAGAAGAGGUUAGUUAUCGAGGCCAGCCGGUUCAACUGGUCCGCAUCAGGAACCCAUGGGGUCAGGUGGAGUGGACAGGACCAUGGUCUGAUGGAUCCAGGGAAUGGAACUACGUCAGUGAGGACGAGAAAUCAAAGUUGAACCAUGUAGCUGAAGAUGGAGAAUUUUGGAUGUCUUAUUCAGAUUUCAUGAAGCACUUCUCCAGGCUGGAGAUCUGUAACUUGACUCCAGACACCCUUGAAAGUGAUGACGUGGGCCACUGGAACCACUACCAGUUUGAGGGGAUGUGGAGAAUCGGUGCCACUGCUGGAGGCUGCCGCAACAACCCAGCCACAUUUACAUCCAACCCCCAGUUUGUGGUGCGUCUGGAGGAUGUGGAUGAUGAUCCUCUGAAUGGGGAGGAUGGGUGUACUUUUCUGGUGGGCCUGAUGCAGAAGGAUGGACGUCGCCAACGCAGGCUAAACCGUGACCUGGAGACCAUCGGCUUUGCCAUUUAUAAGGUCCCAGAUCAGUACAAAGGUCGCAGUAAUGUUCACCUGGGUCCAGAUGUGCUGCUGCGACAGCGAGCUGUGGCGAUGAGCAGUACCUUCAUCAACACACGAGAGGUGUGUGACCGCUUCACACUUCCUCCAGGAGAAUAUGUCAUUAUUCCCUCGACUUUCCACCCCCACAAGAAUGCCAGCUUCGUUCUGAGGGUGUUCUCAGAGAAGCAGGCAGCCACCAGCCCACUGGAGGAGGAAAUUGGAGCUGAAAUAAAAGAUGAGGAGGAGAUAUGUGAGCGUGAUGUGGAUCCUCAUUUCAAAAGGCUCUUCAAGCAGAUUGCUGGUGAUGACUUGGAGGUAUCGGCCUUUGAACUGGUUAGAAUCUUGAACAACAUUGUCUCUCACCGGUCUGAUCUCAAGACAGACGGCUUCAGCCUCGAGACAGGCCGGUUGAUUGUCAGUCUGCUGGAUAAAGAUGAAAGCGCCAAGUUAGGGCUUCUGGAAUUCCACACGCUUUGGCUGAAAAUCCAGAAAUACCUGGAGAUCUUCAAGAAUCAUGACAAUGACAAUUCUGGCACAAUGAGCUCCCAUGAGAUGAGAGGAGCUGCCAUUGAAGCUGGUUUCCAGGUCAACAGUUCCCUGCUGCAGGUCAUCGUCAGUCGCUAUGCUGAUUGUCACUAUGCAGUUGACUUUGACAGUUUUGUAGGAUGUCUGAUCAAAUUGGAAAUGCUGUUCAAAAUGUUUAAGGCUCUAGAUAAAGACCACCAGGGAAAGAUUGAACUUGACCUGCAACAGGUAAGUACGAAAAUACUGUACAAACGCUGCAAAGUGAACAGCGGAAGUCUGUACAUUUUGCAAACUUCUAAAAUGUCUGGAAUAGCAGAAAAACUUCAGCAUAACAGAGACAGAGCACAUGGGAUUGGAUCGAACUCAGAGGCAGUGAAAUAUCUGAACCAAGACUAUGAGUCACUGAAGAGAAGCUGUCUGGAGGGAGGACAGCUGUUCGAGGACGACUGCUUUGAGGCUUUACCUUCAUCUUUAGGCUUCAAUGAACUUGGACCAAAUUCCUACAAAAUCCGAGGCGUCACCUGGAAAAGACCCACGGAAUUGUGUCACAAUCCAAAAUUCAUUUUUGAAAAUGCCACCAGGACUGACAUUUGCCAAGGAGCACUCGGUGACUGCUGGCUCUUGGCAGCGAUCGCCUCCUUAACUCUAAACAAGCAGGUUUUGUCUCGAGUGGUACCUCAUAACCAAUGCUUUGACGAGAAUUAUGCUGGCAUCUUUCAUUUUGAGUUCUGGCAGUUUGGUGAGUGGGUAGAUGUAGUGGUCGAUGACCGUUUGCCCACCAGAGAUGGAGAACUGCUGUUUGUUCACUCAGCUGAGGGCUCUGAGUUUUGGAGUGCACUGUUGGAGAAGGCCUAUGCCAAAUUAAAUGGAUGCUAUGAGGCGCUUUCUGGAGGUUCGACCACUGAAGGCUUUGAGGACUUCACUGGGGGCAUCGCUGAGAGGCAUGAGCUGAGCAAGCCCAAUCCACACCUCUUCCACAACAUUAAGAAGGCCCUGGAUAGAGGCUCCCUUCUUGGAUGCUCCAUUGAUGUUUGUUUGAGCUCUUGGUUCACCUCUCAUGUGUUCUGGUCAGUUAUCCUCUUGUGUGUGGUUGUUACAUACAUGACUUUAUGCUUCCUUCCAGAUACCAGUGCAGCUGACUCAGAAGCUGUCACACAUCGCAAGCUGGUGAAGGGCCAUGCUUAUUCGGUGACAGGAACAGACCAGGUGGAGUACAGAGGAAGGACGGUGCAGCUGAUUAGGAUUAGAAACCCAUGGGGCCAGGUGGAAUGGAACGGAGCCUGGAGCGACAACUCUUCAGAGUGGAGAUAUGUGAGUGACGAAGACCAGGAGAGACUGACCAACCGUGAAGAUGGAGAGUUCUGGAUGUCAUUUUCUGAUUUCCUCCGUGAAUAUUCUCGCCUUGAGAUUUGCAACCUCACCCCUGAUGCACUCACAGAUGACUACAAGAAAUGGGCAGAGUCAGAGUUUGAAGAAACAUGGAGGAGGGGCGUGUCAGCAGGCGGCUGCAGAAACUACCCAAAUUCGUUCUGGACAAAUCCUCAGUUUGUCAUCAAGCUGGAUGAGGUGGACGAUGACCCUGAUGAUGGUGAGGAGGGUUGUACUGUCAUUGUGGGUUUGAUGCAAAAGAACAAGCGGCGCAGGAGGAAAAUGGGAGAGGACAUGGAGACCAUUGGCUUUGCCAUUUAUGAACUGCCUGAAGAGUACUCUGGUAAAAAACAAGUGCACCUGAAGAGAAACUUCUUCCUGCGUAACAGUUCAAGAGCACGUUCUGAGACCUUCAUCAACCUGCGGGAAGUGUGCAGCCGCUUCUGUCUUCCCCCUGGGGAGUACCUCAUCGUCCCCUCCACCUUUGAGCCGAACAAGAACGGAGACUUUUAUGUGCGGGUGUUCUCUGAGAAAACCGCUGAUUUCCAAGAGAUUGAUGACCCUGUGGAAAGUCAUGUUGAGCCGAUUCAUGUUGAUGAAGAUGAUAUCAGUGACAGAUUCAAGAGUCUUUUUGAACAUCUUGCUGGACAUGAUGUGGAGAUUUCAGCAUUUGAGUUGCAGAGAAUCCUCAACCGAGUGAUUCAGAAACGAAAUGACAUCAAAACCACUGGGUUCAGCCUGACAACUUGUCGCAACAUGGUCAAUCUGCUGGAUAAAGAUGGAAGUGGCAAGCUGGGAUUGGUGGAAUUUAAGAUUCUGUGGACCAAGAUUGAGAAGUUUCUGGAUCUGUAUAAAACCAGAGAUGCGGACCAAAGUGGCUGCAUGAGCGCUGCUGAGAUGCGGAUGGCAGUGGAAGAAGCAGGCUUCUCUCUCAACCACACUCUGCAUCAGAUAAUUGUGGCCCGCUACAGUGAACCAAGCCUCACCCUGGACUUUGACAACUUUGUUUGCUGCCUGAUUCGCUUGGAGUCCCUCUUCAAUGCAUUCAAAACCUUGGACAAGGACGAAUCUGGUCACAUAGAGUUGGGUUUUGUGGAGUGGCUGGAGCUGUCGCUGUUGUAGAGAAGCAUCUGAAGAAUCCAGACCUGUGCUGAAUGACUUCAUAUCUUCUUAUAACUGAAUAUUUUCUGUAUGUUAUUCUUCUGUGGUUGUUUAGAUGGGGGUUUAAUUACAGUUUGUGUCUCAUGUACAAUUAUUAGAAUUAACACAUAAUCAAACUCUGGUAACUGUGUGUCAACACCUCAUUCUAACUUGUCUAUUCUGUCAUAUAUUAUUGCUUCUUCUGAUUCAUAGUACAACAGUAAACAGUAAAGAGUGCUCAACCUCAAGGAAUUGUUCAUGUUUUCAGUUUUAUAUCACUGAGUCACAAUAGAUUUAAAACAGUAAUGUGUGUUUUUUCACAUAUUAACCUAUAAAGACCCAGUACUACUUUUGUGUCAGUUCCCAAAAGAUCUUUUUGUCUCUAUUUAACCUUUCUUAAGGGAUUUAUCACCAUUUAUUAUAUUAUCCUCUGUAUUUUGUGUU